CGAGGUAAGAUGUCUGAACGCCUCACUCCUGCUCAGUUUGCUCGAGCUGAAAAGAACAAGCAGCGUGCAGUACUGCUUAGAAAAUCGCGGCUAGCAAGAAAGCCUUACCAUUGUGUGGGAAUCAAGCAACAAGCGAUUGACAGCGGUGCGGGCUUUUUGGUUGAUCCGGACGAAGAGGAAGAAGAAAAUAAUCGCGUAAGGCAGGUGGAAACUACAGCUCCGAUUCUUGGAGCUAUCGAUCCUGAAUGUCAGAAUUGUGGUACAGCAUUUCAAGAUUCGUUUCUGCUUUUGAAGUUUAAUGAACUUGUUUGUGAUGGCUGCAGAGAUAAUGACCCUGAUGAUAAAUAUGCUCUCAUAACGAAAACAGAUGCAAAACAAAAAUACUUAUUAAAGGAUUGUGACUUGGACAAAAGGAAUCCGCCCCUACAGUUUAUCAUCAAAAAGAACCCUCACCAUUCUUCAUGGGGAGACAUGAAGCUGUACCUCAAAUUACAGGUUAUCAAGAGAUCUCAAGAUAUCUGGGGUGGAGAUGCCAACCUGGAGAUGGAAUUGGAUAAACGAGCAGCUAAUAAGCAAAUAAUGAAGCAGAAAAAAUUUGCCAAAAACCUUAAAGAGUUGCGUCAAGCAGUCAGAACAAGUACAUGGCAAAGGGAACUCACAAAUCAUGUUCACGAAUUUCCAGCGGAGGGUGAAGACGGUUGUGAGACUUACCAUGAAAAGACAGACAGUUGGAGUAAGACGUGUAGAACAUGUGGCUACACCUUAACAUACGAGAAGAUGUAGGCAGACAAAACUCUAAUCAAUUUACUUAUAAAGAGCAGUAACUGCAAUGUUUACACUUGUUAUAUUUAUCUUACAGCAACAUCUCUAGGUAUAAGAGAAUACCACUAAGGAGUUUAGAGCUCAUUUAUGGAUGUGAUU